ACCUGCAUGACAAAGCUCUUAUUCUCCAUUAAGGUGAUGAAACUAUAAGUUGUUAUUUCAGAGCUGCUUAUUUGGUGACAAAAUGCCUGUCUUUUUCAAUUUACUUUAAUUUGACUUUGUAGUUAAAGAACAGGAAUGUCACAACACUUUCUACUCACUUUAUAUUCAAAGGCAGAACAAGUUCCUCAUCAACCUACAUCAUGUCUCAGCUGCAGUCUGAUCAACUCUAUUGUUGGCUUUCCAAAAGAAGGGCAUCAGAGAUGCAUAUCAUCAUAACAGAGCAUUUCACUGCCAGGAGAGAAGCAAGCAAUCUCUUUCUUACUCAAAUGCAAUUAUGAACACAUGUACCCACAUACAAGCACACAUGUAGACACAGUCAUGCACACAUGAAUACACAGUUAUGCACACAUGUACCCAACAGCCGUGCAUGCACACACACAUACACACAACCGCCCACACACACCCUUGGAAGAAGCCACUCACACUUCGCCCCCAUAGAGUACAUGUCAGUCCAUCUGGGAUCAUUAACACUAUGUUAAUGAAUAUAGGGCUGGGGCCAGGAGCAUGUGAGGAGAGGAGAGAGAGAGGGUACAGAAAGAGAGAGAGAGAGAGAGAGAGAGAGAGAGAGAGAGAUAAAGAGGACAGAGGGUGGGAGGAUGGAGAAGGAUAAUGGAUUCUCUCCUAACAAAUGCACUGCCCGAGGUACUUGUGUGGGGGAAAAAAACAGAGAUGAGAAAAGAUUGAAAGUGAGUAGAGGGAACAAGAAGAAAACUGGACCACACCAAGACAGAGGAAGUGGGAACUGACACACAGCAAUAGAGCAUAAAAGAGAGUGAAGGGAGGGGGACACGCUCAAUAGUUAGUCAUGUGAAAUGAAAACAAGAAAAAGUAAAGUAAACGGAGAGAGAUGUACUCGGCACAUUCUGGCCAGGGGCUGAUGAGGGCUCCAUGGAAAUAACUGAACAGAUGAACAGAAGAAAGGGAAGGAAGGAAAGACAGCAGAGACAACAGAUGAGGCGAGAGAACAGGCAGGGAGACAGACAAGCAGAUACAGUAUAAUAAAUGAUGGCAGAGGCAAUGUGAGCCUGAGUAGCGUGGUUAAAUAUUUCACUGGGGCUUGUUUGUGCUUUUGUGUGCCGUGCUGUCUGUAUGUGUGUGUGUGUGUGUGUGUGUGUGUGUGGGUUUGUGGGGGUAUGUGAGAGUCCCUGGGAGACAGAAAAGAGGACAAAGCAGCGGGGAGAGAGCGAACGAGAGAAGUGUGCCUGUUGACUGGGCAAGUUAAUGAUUCCUGUGGUCUGAAUAGUGAAACUGUGUUAUUGUCCAGGAGUGAGGAGGUGGCUCAUUUACCUCCUGCCGUCACACACAUGCAACAUUGUUUUAGUUUGUUUGAGUGAGUGUCUGUGGCUUGUUUUUAUACCUUGUUCGCUCAUGUGCUGCACAUUUGGAAAACAGCUCAGCCUCCGUGGCAGCUUUCCAGAGGAUGCUCAGAGACGAACCACCACGAGCUUAUCACGACCUUGUCACUGUGAGAAGAAAGAUUUGCCCCCCUGCUGGGCUAAAACUAGACACAUGGAGUGCUAUUAAGCUGAAGUGUGCCUCCCUCUCUUUGAAUGGGUGACCACCUGUAUGCAGAUGAAUGGGUGUGAAUAGGGGCCAGGAGACAUGCCUUUGUGGUGCCAGAGAAGAAGCAGCUUGUCAGAGUGUGCCGCUAUGAACCAGAGGGCCAAGGGCCCACAGGAGGCAGGGGAUAAAGGGACAGAGGGCAGCAGGGUGACAAGCUGUCCAUGUGUAGAUGAAACAAUGCCAAGCGUUAACAAGCCUAAGCUUGAGGUAAUAACAGAGGUUGGGUGAACAAAAGGCAAACGUUUGAAAUGCAAUCUGUGAUCAACUAGAGUCACUAAGGAGCAUGUUACGGUGAUUUAGCCCCUUUAAGCCCCUUUGUACCCUAUAUUCAUUCUAUCAUAAUGUUGACUGUUCAUAUGACCUUUUUUUCCAGUGCUAGCUAUGGUUAUUCUCUUUGCGGAAGGUUAGGGAGGAGAAGCUCAAAUAGUACAUCAGUAGCGGUGGUAGAGGCUCGGGGGCAUGACACACAAUGACGUGACAAAGUAAGGACAUAAAAAAGAGACAGAAAAGCGAUCAACAGGAUAACAUCUCGCUGCAUCAAAUGCAGCAACAAUAGAGACAGCGGCAGGGAUCAGAGCUCUCUUACACACCUUUAAACGCCAGUAAAAACCUGUGCAAGUACAUGCCUGUGUUUGGGCAGAUGUGUUACUACCCUCACCUGAACAACAACCAAGCAGUUUCUCCUAUCAUCCCUGUUUGGUUCCUGUUAUUUUUUCAGUGUGGCUGACGCCCAGUGUUUCCAUCUGCCUUUUAUCUAUAACACCCAUGACAUCUGUCACUUUCAAAGUUUCACUCCACCUCCACCUUGAUUUAUUCUCUCCUCUCUCUAUUAAACACUCCUGUUUUAUAUUUCUGUGUGUGUGUGUGUGUGUGUGUGUCUGAAGAAACUUCUCCAAAUCUUGACAUAGAGAUCCCUGACCAGCUCUGAUCCCUGCCUGGGGCCGACAGGAUGAGAGUGGAGAGAAAGAAGCUGAAGAGAAAAGCAAGACUGAAAAUUUAAUAGGCUGAGGGGGAUUCAGCCCCCCCCCCCCCUUUUUUUAAAUAGCUGUCUCCCAUAUAUCCUUAACCCCUCUUAUCAAAACAUUUAUUCUAGCUGGGCUGAUACUUCUCUUCUUCUGACACCAUCUGUUUUUGUUUUAUGGAUCUCUUCACUCCCCAAAACUCCUAUGCGUUCCCCUCCAAUAAAAGAUGCAUCAGCAUUUGGUUGAGACAGUAGGAAAAAGAAAAUCAGGCAUCGCCAGGUACAUGCAGCACCAAAUGCUCUCUCAGUUUUCUUUUACUUCAUUACGCAAGUUAUGUAAUUGCGGGAUAUCCGUAGCACGUUAAACAACUUGCGGCAGAAACUGAGACGCCUGGAGACAAGUCCCUAGAAAAUAAACAAGCUGGUUUGUGUUUGCUGAAAGGUUUGUACGGCUGUCAAGUCUUCCCCCAACUUCCUUUAAUCCACUUUUAGAACUGUCGAGCUUUCUAUCGUCUCAAACACUUUUUCUGCAAGUUGCUUUUUUUUUUUUAGCCAUCCAGUUUUCUCUGCUUUACUGUGAUUCACAGAAACCCUGGUCUUCCCUGUCUAUGCGCAUCUGUGUGUGUCUGUAUGGGCUGUGGGAGGAUUAAGUCUCACUCUGAGAGUUAUACAUGGUUUCCACUGGCAACAACACCAUCAAAAGAGCCGACAGGGAAGAGCUACAUGUUUGUUUGUCUCUGUAUGUUUGUGUACAUGUACAGCAAGCAUACAACAUACUGUAUGUGCACGGGUGCGAUAGGAGGUCCCAACCGUCUGACUCUUGGCCACAGCAGUAGCAGAGAGGAGGAGUAUUUGUGGGUUGCGAUUUUCUAAAUUUGUGUUUUGGUCUUGCUACAUGGUUGGUUAUGUGUUAGAUGAAGGCAUGAGGCAUGAGGUAUGAGGAGAUCCCAUGUAUGAGCAGCGGAAGUCUGCUGGCAACGAGGAACACUUUGACAGUCAGUCCUCGUGUUGUGUAUGAGCGAGAGCUGAUGGAUCAUGUUGCUGGUAGUCUGAAGCCGGUGAAUCACUGACUGGUUUGGGAGCUGCUGGAACAGUAUUUGCAUUUCAGUCGUUCCAUAGAGGAAAUCAAUACAUAUGUUUAAAGCAGUUUAUAAUGUCAUUAGGGCUAUGUGGAAGAAAUUGGCAUUACAUGAAUAGUUAUUUAUAGAUUAAAAUUUUUAUCAUGAACUAGAUUUUUUACUUACACUGUAAGAAAUUGUUACAUUGACCCCAUUGCUCCAGUUAUUCUUGUUCAUGCAUUAUGCCACUUCAUCACUCUUCUUCCUACUCAUUUUUUUCCUAAUUUUUAGGAAGACAUUAUAGAAUGGAAAAGCACCAUCAGCCAUGAUUAACCCCCACUGCCUACAGGAUCCACAGUCACUGUGUGUGUGUGUGUGUGUGUGUGUGUGUGUGUGCGCGUGUGUAAGAUCCUCUCAGAAUGCCAGGACUUGUGUGUGCUUGCCCAACCAAGCCUAGGGACAGUCAGACACUCAGUUUGUCUGCACACAGAAUACACACAUGCUCACACAUACACACACACACACACGCACACACACACACACACACACACACACACACACAAUGCCCCCUCCUGUCUCCCUGCAGCUCUGGAGCUCUGAACCAGCUAACCUGGGCUGGGCUCCAGCCCUGCCCGAGGGAAGCCCUCUCCUGCUGGGGCCACAAUCCUGCUGACACCCCAUGGUCUGGACUUUAUCCACUCCAUCUGUGAGCUUGUUCUCUACAGUUACCUGUCUGGGGACGCAGCUAAGGAGAGACCACCAGAUUAGAGAGACUGAUAAGAAGGUCUGAAGUGCGGGCAGCUGGAGCGAGAGUCUCCCGUGGCUCGGCUGGGCGGAGAGUCCAGGUUGCCUCACUGCUAUUGGUUUACCGCACUUCGAGGGGUGGAGCCUCUGCCAAACAAAACAGACAAGUUGCGCUUCUGUGAACCAGUCAAGAGUAGAAUACUGCCAGGUCACACUCGUCACUUUGAGUUAGGCUUAUUACUACAACAGGCGCGUAAAAUCCACGUUCGUUUGCCGUGCGCAUACUUCAUCAAUCUUCAACACCAGUAGCCGUUUUAAAUUAUCCUUCACUAGCUGAACUUGUUGAGGAUCCCGCGGAGAAGAGAAGCUAUGGAUAUGGCGUAUCUGGUGUGUUUGGCGCUGAGCAUCGGUGCUUGGUUCGCCUCUGCGGAGAGACACAGCGUCUAUUGGAACAGCUCGAACCCAAACUUCCUGUGGGAUGAGUACACAGUGGAAGUACGCAUCAAUGACUAUCUGGACAUCAUCUGCCCCCACUACACCCACGGCGAGGUGCCAUCGCACACUGCCGAGCGCUAUGUGCUGUACAUGGUGGAGAGGGAGGAUUACGACGUGUGUAAACCUCACUCCUUCGACCAGCUCCGCUGGGAGUGCUCGCGGCCCUUCGCCCCUCAUGCACCCGAGAAAUUCUCAGAGAAGUUCCAGCGCUUCACGCCCUUCACCCUGGGCAAGGAGUUCAAACAGGGAGAGAGCUAUUACUAUAUCUCCAAGCCGAUGCAUCACCAUGGCCAGGACUGUCUGAGGCUGAAAGUAGAUGUAGUUGGGCAUAAAGGCUCUGGAAAAUCUCACCCAGACCAAUCCAAGGCAGAGGAGAAGGGGAAAAGCUUUGACGGAGGAAAAGUGAAGUUUCCUGUCGCUGGAGGAGUCCACAACCCCUCCAACCAUCUCCCAGCAGAUGAUCCUGCUGUGAUGGAGCCAAACGUCCAGAGGAGCAUCGGGAGUUCAGGGGCACAGCUGGUCUCCUGUUCACUCUUCUUUACACUGAUCUCAGUCUUAUUAGCCAUGAUGCUACACUAAAGGCUGAACAUAAGAAAGACAAUACUAACCCAGUGCUGGUCAUUGGGACCAUGAUCACUCAGAGACUUUUUUUAUACACAUUUUUUUAUACAAGCAAGGACAUGUCAGUGUGUGUGUGUGUUUGAUGUGUUUGUUUGCAUGAAUGUGGAGUGUGGAUCAUUCCAAAGAAGAGGACCUCAAAGACGUUUUUUUUUUUCUUUUCUUACUUUAUUACAAGGAUGGAUUCUCAUUUUUUGACCAUUUUAAGAUGCACACUUUUUUUUCAGUCAUCACGAACAGAACUGGAAGCAAACUGAUCAAAACACGAAUUAAUGUCAGCUUGAAAUUGACAAGAGGAACACAUAAUCCUCAUUAUUGUUUUCAGAUUCUCAUGCCAUUGGUACAGCUGUGCAUUGUAUUAGUGAUCUCAAACCAUCGAUGUCAGUUUUCUUCCUCUUCAUUAUUGAUUGUGUAUUGGAAAUGUUGUUGGCUACUGCCAAAGUGGUAUACGUGCAUUAUGUAGGAUUUUUGUCAUGUAGCACUCAGCUCCCUGUUCUAUCUCUUUAAGUCUCUGUUGAAGCACCACUGUGACAUUUACGCUGAUACAAAAGCAGACAAGUUGAGUCGGGUGCUGCAGUUGUGUCUGACAUCACGCACAUUAUAAGACAUACAAGUGAACAGAUUGUCUAAUUUAAAUUAGUGGUUCUCAGCCAACAGAGCGGAGAACCCUUUAAAGAAUGAUUAUUUUACAUUUAAUGUUUUUUCACAAAAAAAAAAAAGCCCAAAUGAUCAAAGAAAAUCACAAAAAAUGUGUCAGAAUUCAUUUGGAUCCUCGUGUAAGUCAUAAUCUCCAAUCUGUUGCAUGUGCUGAUGUAAGUGGUCAGGAGCCAUUGAUCAAACCUAAAACUAGCAGAGGGUCAGGGAGCUGAGCUUCUUCAGUACUUAUGGUUCUUCACUCAUAUCUGCUGUCUCGACAGUAUCAUGGUAUGGUACACUGGCUGAUGUUUGUAGAUGUGAUCCCACUUGCGCAUUGUCAAACCUCAAACUGAAGGGACUUCCCACGAUAUAUUUGUUUUUUUGUUAAACAUACUUGUCAUUUUGUAAAUGUUUAUAUGUAAAUUUGUACAUAGAGAAAACUAUAAGAAACUGUUUUAAGAUGUGAAAAAUCUUUAGUGAAAUUAAAAAAAUUGUGACGUAAUAAAAAUAUCUGUCUGGUUUUUA